GCACUGAGUCAGUUAUACGACAGGGCCAGUUCCUCGAAUCUGUUCUCUUCCUUUGUCUUAAGCGAUGACCACGCCGACUGGAACGCCGUCCAUCUCGACCCCGCCUGUGCCUCAUGGCGUCGGAAACGUGUCCUUGUCGUCAGUCGCGCCGUCUCGGUCGAAAGAACUUAGGGAUGGAGGAAGCAGCGCCUCGGGAACUUUUGGUGUGAAGUCGGGUCUCGCCCAGAUGCUCAAGGGUGGUGUGAUUAUGGAUGUCGUCAGCCCCGAGCAGGCUAGGAUUGCUGAAGAGGCCGGAGCUUGUGCUGUCAUGGCGUUGGAGCGUGUGCCAGCUGACAUACGGGCCGAGGGGGGUGUAGCACGAAUGAGCGACCCUGCCCUGAUUAAGCAGAUCAUUGACGCCGUGACGAUUCCGGUGAUGGCGAAAGUGCGCAUUGGCCAUUUCGUCGAAGCGCAGAUUCUUCAAGCUGUGGGAGUCGAUUACAUUGACGAGUCCGAAGUGUUAACUCCUGCGGACGAGGAACAUCACAUAAACAAGCACGCCUUUAAAGUGCCCUUUGUUUGUGGCGCCCGUAAUCUGGGUGAGGCACUCCGCCGCAUCUCCGAAGGCGCUGCCUUCAUACGCACCAAGGGCGAGGCGGGCACCGGCAAUGUUGUGGAGGCCGUGCGCCACACGCGAGCGGUCCAGACUGCAAUUAGGCAGUCAAGUGUUAUGAAUGAAGAAGAGUUAUAUGUCUUCGCGAAAGAGAUCGGAGCACCGUACCAUUUACUCAAGGAGACCUCGCGCCUGAAGCGUUUGCCAGUGGUGAACUUCGCGGCCGGAGGGAUCGCCACGCCUGCGGACGCUGCUUUAAUGAUGCAGUUAGGUUGUGAUGGAGUCUUCGUCGGGUCCGGUAUUUUCAAGUCCGGUGACCCCGCAAAACGCGCAAAAGCGAUCGUGCAAGCUGUCACUCAUUAUAAUAACCCCAAAGUACUCGCGGAAAUAUCCGGCGAUCUGGGAGAAGCAAUGGUGGGCUUGAACAUCGAGCCUGACAUGAAGGGAGGUCGGAUGGCCAAUAGAGGAUGGUAAAAGGGAAUAAGCACGGACAUAUCCGUCGAGAUGUAUGCGAUACAAAGAUACGCUGUAGCAAUCAAGCAGUCUGAGCUCUCACUUCGUUUGAGGCAUACGAGCAACUGCUAAGAUCCCGCAGGUGUCUGUUGAUGCAGCGGCAUCAUCCAGAUUGUCUUCUCAGAUUGCUGGUCUGGUCAUGGAUUUUUCUUUCGCCGGCCGGUCGGCAACCCUGUGGUUCCUGAGUUCAUUCUUUGCUUCCCCUCAGAUGGCAGCAGUAUCUGUGUACUGCCAUUUCUGCCGUCCUGUAACAGAGUACGCCACAUCACAUGUCGUCAAAUGUCGUUAUGCCAGGUGUUCACGCAUCGGACAUGCG